GGUUUCUGGCACGACGUAGGAAAUUCUUUGCCCGAAUCGGGACAGGGUGGCGCCGGGCUGGUUCUGGGCAAAACUGGGCAGCUUCUGUCUCAUAGGGGUCACUUCCGGGUCACGGGAGGGCUUCCGGUUAGAAGGGUCGAAUUGAAGUAAAGAAGCCUGUAAGAAUUCACUAGGUGAUAGUUUUGAAACAUCCAGCCAUGUCAAGGACUCAAAAACAGCCGAGCUAUCUUGGGAGACCGAUACAGAAGAAGACAAUUGGAGACCGUGUGGUGAGGUUCAGAACUGCUCUGUCCAACACCAUUCUGGAUGUGCUGAAGGGCAGAGGAUGGCAGGAGGUCCAGGGAGAUAUGGAGUGGGACUUCUACUGGUGUGACGUGGGUUGGAUGCGAGAGGUGUUUGACCACUUCUACAUGGAGGAGCACUGCCGUAUCAACCACUUCAGGAACCACUAUGAACUGACACGAAAGAAUCUGAUGGUGAAAAAUCUUAAGAAGUUCCGUAAGCAGGUGGAAAGAGAACAGGGAAAACUAGAGGCCUCCAAAUGUGAUUUCUUCCCUACAACAUUUGAACUACCAUCAGAGUACCACAUGUUUGUGGAAGAGUUCAAAAGGAACCUGGGAAGCCUGUGGAUCAUGAAACCUAUUGCCAAGGCUCAAGGCAAAGGAAUCUUCCUCUUUAGAAAGCUGAAAGACAUCACAGACUGGAAAAAGGAAAGUUACAAGUCUCAGGAGGAGAGAAGAAAUGAUGAUAAGGAGCCGGUUGAGACGUACAUCGUACAGAAGUACAUCGAGAACCCGUAUCUCAUCGGGGGCAAGAAGUUCGACCUCAGGGUGUAUGUGCUGGUCACCUCUUACAUCCCCCUGAAGGCCUGGCUGUACAGGGAAGGGUUUGCGCGUUUCUCCAACACCAGAUACUCACUGGACUCCAUAGAUGACACCUACAUCCAUUUGACUAAUGUGGCUGUACAGAAAACUGCUCCUGACUACGACCCAGAGAAGGGCUGUAAAUGGUCCCUGAACCAGCUAAGACAGUACCUGAUAGCAAGACAUGGGAUAGAGGCGGUUGAAGACAUGCUGAAGAAGAUGGACGACAUCUUCAUCUACAGCCUGCUGUGUGUGCAGAAGAUCAUGAUUAACGACAAACACUGCUUCGAGCUGUACGGCUAUGACAUCAUGCUAGACGACAAGCUCAAACCGUGGUUGAUCGAGACAAACGCCUCCCCCUCGCUCACAGCCAGUAACCAGGAAGACUACGAGCUGAAGUGUCGGCUCCUGGAGGAUACGCUAAAUGUGGUGGACAUGGAGGGAAGGCUCACAGGGAAGGAGAAGAGAAUCGGUGGGUAUGACUUGAUGUGGAACGAUGGACCAGUGACACUGGAGGAGGGAGGACUUGACUGUAUGUCUGCUCCAACCUACACCACUAAUACACAUCUAGGUUGUUUUAAUGACAGAGAGAAGCAGCUCAAACAACUGUUCCGGUCCCUGCAGAUGGCCAAGAAGACCACAACUGUAUAGAUUAGAUAAUGAUUACAAUGUAAUGCCACACCAAUUUAUUUCCUUGGUUAUUGAAUAUCAAGACAAAUUUUGCAAGCUGUCAAGAUGAAUACAGAUGGCAACUAGGGAGGAAAACUUAUUACAUUUUAUGUAUCAGUCCUGAAAUUUUAUGCACCAAUUAAGGUGAAGCCCUCAGGGUCUGCUCUUGAAUUAAGGUUUUAAAUAAGUGUUAUUUUUUUUAAAUCUGAGAACCAACAAAUAAAAUUGGUGUGGCCUAACCAUUGUUUGCCAUGCUUGAUGGUCUAUCCAAGUUGCCAGAAUUAUGAUUAUUAUGAGAUUACAUCCUUGAACAGUUUCAUCAGGUUCAAAGUUCUUUGUACACAACCAAGUUUGAAGACUGACGUUUCAGACUGCAUUGUAUUGUAAACCCCACAGGUACUACCUAUCUGCAUGUGUAAAUACUUAACAUUUUGGACUGCAUCUGUUAACAGGGACACCUACUUGUAACUUGCAUAACAGUACCAGUUAGAAGUGUCCUAAGGAUCUGACAGAUGGUCACUAAAAUGUUAGUAUUGAAAUGCAAUACUUGGUUGCAUGGAAUUGUGUACAAAAAACUUUGUUAUCUAUUAUGUAAUUACAGUAACAUAAUCAUGACAUCAGAAACCUGCACAUUUGCAAGUCCAAAUAUUCCAGGGUUGACCAGACAACAUGACAUGAAGUACUGACAGCUUAUAGCAAUAAUAGGCUCAUGAAAUGCCCUUUUUGUUGAGUUUGUCAAAAAGUUUGUUGUUCUUCCACCAAACAGUUAGUGUGUGUGUGUACGACUACAUGCUCAGUUCUAAUACAAUAUGAGGUGCCUAAAGUGACCAAUCCUGCAUAGGAAAUAGAGAAACUACAUGUAUGAGAGAGUAAGUCUGGGAUUUUUUUUUACAUAAUGUGAUGCACAAUUUUCCCACCAAAAAUCUUCCAACAGGGCUUUUAAGGGUAGAGA